CGGUUUGUGAAGGAUAAUCAAAUGACCAUAUAGAUUGGUGGUGCGACAAAAAAGAAGGGUGGUGAUGUGGUAGUCUCAUGGACAACACGAGACAAUGAUGUCAUUUCUCCCCACUCCAGAUCCAGAUCUACCCUCUCUGCUUCGCCUUCAUCACCUACCCGGCUCCUCCCGUAGUAGUAGUAGUAGUAGUAGUAGUAGUAGUAGUAGUAGUAGUAGUAGUAGUAGUAGUAGCCCUCAUUAUCCCGUCCUAGCUUCCUAACUAACUGGCCGCCGCAGCGGCGGCCGAGGAACACAAACAUAUCAAACGUGUGGAAAAACAAUGCUACCUAAAGCAACCUCAUCUCGCGCCUUUCCUGCAAGGAUGACUUCAACCACCAUGCCAACCGCCACACCAACCCAUGCAGUCCUUAAGACACCGCGGCUGCCAUGACUUCGUAUUCUGCCUGGUCCCCACCCACGUUUUCAUCCUCGUGUCCGCCGUCCACGGUCCCCGCCGCGACUCCCGUACCAUCGGUUCCACCCCUGUGCACCAGUCCCGCGCCUCACCGCACGGCUGCGCUGUUUCGCACUCUCUAGUUCUUAUCGACGCCCACAGGGAACUUAGGCCUUCGGCCGCUACUAGGAGCGACCUUGAAGUUUUUACUACGCUUGUUGUCUUCCUCCGCUUGCCGCUGUGUCGUGACCCCCGUCGCUGCAGGAUUCACCACAUGGAACUGCCCGAGCAGGCCUGUCUUGAUGAGGAAUCCUGCCGCAUUUCAUCCUUGAACCCGGUCAGGACUCAGGAGCGCGCAGGCCAUGAGAAUAUUAAAGGAAUACAACCACGUCCAAUAGUUUCCACAACGCAAAAAGUAACCCUAACACAAACUUCAUCACCCAAGUCACGUAAGUAUGACUUCAACCCCCUUGAGGUGAGUCAAGGCAAGCCUGGGCCGGAUAACGAGGACUGCUACUACAAUCACUACUACUACUUGGGCUAAGACCCCUGUUAGGAACGAACUGGAGAACCACACACACACACAAAAAAAAAAGCCAGAACAUA